CUGGGAUUCCCAUCCCUGUCUGACAAGCUGUGAGGAGAAGUUUUUUUUUUUCUUUUUUCUUUCUUUCUUCUCAAAUCUGAAUCAGAAGAAAGGGAGCAAGUCAAUCAGCCUUCAUGGUUAGAAGCCUAGCGACUAUAGAACUCUGAACUAGGCAGAAGGAAAGGAUGAUGGAAAGCAAUAUCCCACAAAGACCCAAAUGACAUUUGAGAAAAUGAUCUCCUCCAGAAGCAAGAGCCACAUGGCACGUCUGUGAGUCCCAGUACCUGCCAACCUGACGAAAACAGGCCAGUGGAGCCUACAUCGUAACUUGUCGCUUUUGCUGCUGUGAACCAUCUCAUCUUCCCAUCCUUUCAGAGAGACCUGAGACCAUGAGGAGCAGCCUUACCCUGGUAGGCACCUUCUGGGCCUUCCUGUCCCUAGUUACUGCCGUGGCCAGUUCUGCCAGUUACUUCCUUCCCUAUUGGCUGUUUGGAUCACAGCUAGGAAAGCCAGUAUCUUUCAGCACAUUCAGGAGAUGCAACUAUCCGGUGAGGGGAGAUGGGCACAAUCUGAUCAUGGUGGAAGAAUGUGGGCGCUAUGCCAGCUUCACCGCCAUACCAAGCCUGGCAUGGCAGAUGUGCACAGUGGUGACAGGUGCCGGCUGUGCUCUGCUGCUCCUGGUGGCAUUGGCUGCUGUCCUAGGAUGCUGCAUGGAGGAACUCAUCUCUAGAAUGAUGGGGCGUUGCAUGGGAGCCGCACAGUUUGUAGGAGGGCUGCUGAUAAGCUCAGGCUGUGCAUUAUAUCCUUUAGGAUGGAACAGCCCGGAGGUGAUGCAAACAUGCGGAAAUGUCUCCAAUCAGUUUCAGUUAGGAACCUGUAGACUUGGCUGGGCCUAUUACUGUGCUGGGGGCGGAGCCGCUGCAGCCAUGUUGAUCUGUACCUGGCUCUCUUGCUUUGCUGGAAGAAAUCCCAAGCCAGUCAUGUUGGUGGAGAGCAUCAUGAGGAAUACCAAUUCUUAUGCCAUGGAGCUUGAUAACUGCCUCAAACCUUAA